GACAUCGCUAGCAGACAACGCUCAAUGUAAUCAUCUUUUGUUCGUCGUAGUUCUGCCUUUAUGAAAUAUAACUUCCUCUAAAUGAGUUUAUUUUAAAGAUUUUAGCCUUAAUUUUUCGUAGGAAUACAUCAAAUUAAAUAUAAAGACGGUGCUACUCACCUAAUGUUGACAAAAAUUGCAACAGUAUGGGAUUACUGUUUACAAAGCUUUGGAGGUUGUUUACCAAUGAAGAACAUAAGGUAAUUAUUGUGGGACUUGAUAAUGCUGGAAAAACGACGAUACUCUAUCAGUUUUUGAUGAAUGAAGUUGUUCAUACGUCUCCUACUAUCGGAUCAAACGUAGAGGAAGUAAUUUGGAAAAAUAUUCAUUUUCUUAUGUGGGAUAUAGGAGGGCAAGAGAGUUUGCGAUCUUCUUGGUCAACGUAUUAUACAAAUGCUCAGUUUGUUAUACUAGUCGUCGAUUCUACGGAUAGGGAAAGAUUGAGUAUAACUAAGGAGGAAUUAUGUAAAAUGCUAGCUUGCGAGGACUUGAAGAAAGCUGCAGUUUUGAUUUUUGCAAAUAAGCAAGACAUAAAAGGUGCCAUGUCGGCCGCUGAGAUCUCACAGCAGUUAAGUUUAACCUCAGUUAAACAGCAUCCCUGGCAUAUACAAGCAUGCUGUGCAUUAACUGGCGAAGGAUUAUAUCAAGGACUAGAGUGGAUUACCUCUCAUAUUAAACGAUAA